AUGGCUUUAGAUGAGGUUGAAGCAACUAAUGACAUUGAUGAGUCCUAUGAAGAUAAUUUACAAGAGGAGGUUGAAGGAAACAAUGACAUUGUGUAUGUUGCAGAAAAUUUUGAAGCAGAAUCUAGAGAAAGAAAGAAAUUAAGAGUCUUAAGCAAUGAAGAACGCAUGUCUAUUUAUCAUGAGCUACUACAAAAAAGCGUUGAUGGACAAUUACGUAAAGGAGCUACAAAUGAGGUGGCUUCAUCAAAUUCGGUUCCUAUAAGAACUGUUCAACGUAUUUGGAAAAGAGCAAAAGAAAGUGAAACGCGUGAUGUCUCUCAUAGGAAGAUAAAAAAUUGUGGACGUAAGAGAAUUUCAAUUGAUGAGAAUCAAAUUCGUGAACUUCCUUUCAGUCAAAGAACAAACAUUCGAUCUUUAGCUUUUGGGUUGAAAACCAAUCCAACAUCGGUGUUCAGGCUUAUAAAAUCAGGGCUUAUACGGCGUAAUUCAAAUGCCAUAAAACCAUUAUUGAAAUAA